AUGUCGCUGAAGACAAAGAAUGCUCUUCAAGACAAUGAUACUAAUAAAAAAUAUUCAAAGUUAACAAAAAGACAGUACAUGCUUUCAAGAGUUGCUAAAUAUUUGGUUGAGCAUCAAAUUGAACUACCGACAUGCCUCAUAGUAGUUAUUACUUUAGCUUAUACGUUUAAUGUUCCAGGUUCAGAAAAAUUUUUAUUCCUACGUGAGAAUCCCAAAACCGGCCUUUAUGAAAAGAGCAUGGAUGAUGCGUAUUUUGGACGAAUUAAGAAAAAGAAACGGAUAACGAGGUUUGCAGAGCAAGGGUGGUCUUUUUUGUAUUAUUCUGUUUUCUGGACAUUUGGCAUGUAUGUAAUGUAUCAUUCACCAUAUUGGUUUGAUACGACUUAUUUCUGGAAAGGUUACCCCCACAAAGAAUUGACAUACCUUCUCAAGACGUAUUAUCUGUUGCAGUUUGCUUUUUGGCUUCAACAAUUAUUUGUCGUCAAUAUCGAGAAAAGGCGUAAAGAUUUUGCAGAAAUGGCCACUCAUCAUGUGAUCACCAUUUCGCUUAUGUUUUUUUCUUAUAUUUUUAAUUACACUCGAAUUGGUAACGCGGUUCUUUGUACAAUGGAUUUUGCUGAUAUCCAAUUACCGCUUGCUAAGAUGCUUAAAUAUCUUGGAUUCGGUGUGAUUUGUGAUGUAUUGUUUGGAAUCUUUAUGGUUUCAUGGCUUGUGACUCGUCACUAUAUUUAUGGACAUAUUAUAUAUAGCGCGUGGACUGAACCGCAGCUGUAUCUCGAAUUCAAAUGGGCACCCGAAGAAGAAUACUACUUUACAAAAAAUGUGCAACGAUUUUUCUUGUUUCUUUUUUUAACUCUCCAGGCGAUCAUCAUAUUUUGGUUUUAUUUGAUCUCUAAUGUAGCGUAUAAAGUUAUCAAAGGUGAUAGAGCGCAUGAUAGUCGAAGUAGUGAAUCAGAACGGUACGAAGUACAAAUACGUAUACCAUUUGGGACAUAG